AUGUCCAGCCUGUCCAAAAAGAUUAAAACCAUCCAGGACAACAACCAGCAGGCCCAAAAGACCAUUAAGAAGGAUUCCGUCACCCAUGUCCCAAAGACCAAGUCCGGCACCACCAGCCGAAAGAACCAUGUCAGAAAACCGAAGGAGGAGCGGGAAGGCAGGAUCUGUGUACGUUACAAAUGUGGCCUGAUCAAGACCAUGCAGUUUGUCCUGGGCCAAAGACCAGGCUGGGUUGAGGUUGCAGAUGAAAAUGGAGAGUGGGAUUUCAGCUGGUGUGAUCUGAGCUGGUUCAGGGACAACUAUUUCUCCUACAUGGAGGAGCACGUGAGGAUAAACCACUUUCGCAAGUGUUACGAACUGACGCGUAAAAACCUCAUGGUGAAGAAUCUCAAAAGGUACAAAAAAAACCUGGAGAGAGACGUUGGCCAGGAGGAGCUCAGAUGUGACUUUUUCCCGUGCACCUUCGAGCUGCCCAGUGAGUAUCACAUCUUUGUCGAGGAGUUUAAAAAAUGUCCCGGCAACACCUGGAUCAUGAAGCCCGUGGCGAAAUCCCAAGGGAGGGGCAUUUUCCUGUUCAGGAAACUCAAGGACAUCAUGGACUGGAAGAGGGACAGCACCCGCACAGAGGAGCUGAGGGAUGGACCUCAGGUGGAGAGCUAUGUGGUCCAACGCUACAUCGAGAACCCUUACCUGAUUAACAGCAGGAAGUUUGAUCUGAGGGUCUACGUUCUGGUCACAUCAUUUAAUCCCCUCAAGGCCUGGCUGUAUCGAGACGGCUUCGCCCGCUUCUCCACCACUCGCUUCACUCUCAGCAUCAUUGACGACAAGUACAUGCAUCUCACCAACGUGGCUAUACAAAAAACCGCGCCAGACUACGAUCCCGACAAGGGAGGCAAAUGGUUGAUCCAGCAGCUCCGCAGAUACCUGACGGCAAAACACGGCCAAGAGACGGUGGAGACCCUGUUUGCUGAGAUGGACAACAUCUUCAUCCGAAGUCUCCAGAGCGUACAAAACGUCAUCAUCAACGACAAGCACUGCUUUGAGCUCUACGGGUACGACAUUCUCCUGGAUCAGAACCUCAAACCGUGGUUACUCGAGGUCAACGCCUCGCCGUCGUACUCGGCCAGCAGCCGGGAGGAUUUCGAGCUCAAGUGCCGACUCCUGGACGACACUUUGAACGUUGUGGAUAUGGAGGGAGUGCUGACGGGCAAGGAGAAGAGGGUGGGCGGCUAUGACCUCAUGUGGAACGAUGGGCCCGUUUACAGAGAAGACGUCAACCUAGAGGCAAUUGAGGGUUCUUGUUUGACCGCCAACACACACCUCGGGUGUGUGAACGACAGAGACAAGCAGCUCCGACAGCGACUAAAAACUUUUCCAGGCCAGAAGAAGACACAACUAUAG